AUGGACGCUAUCAUAGGAUCAAGCUUGUCGGAAGGCUGGAAAGAAGCGCUAAAAGAUCCAUUGCUAUCUCUCAAUCCGCCAAUCAAUCCACUUUUUGUUCCAGCUUGGCCGAGUUUAGACGUGCAGAGUGCUGUGUCAAAUAAUCCCGUGGUAGACGGUAUGAUGUCUUGGCUGUCAUGGCCCAGCGGGACAGAAAACAUGACCACGAAGGUAGAUCUUCAGUUCCAAAAAAAUGCGAAAAGUGAAAACAAGGUAUACAUGGCAGGAGUUAGCCCAUGCUUUUACACUCACUACCCAGAGAAGAAUUACCUAUUUAGAUCAGAUGACCAUCUUUACAUAAAACGAUGGAAAGAGUUGAUAAAUAUGCCUACAGCUCCCGACUUUAUUGAGAUCAUCUCUUGGAAUGACUAUGGUAGACUAUUAUCCAAACUACUUCUUUUGUCAUCUCAUAGACACCGUUCAGCAACUCAAAUGAUUGUGACUCACCUACUCCUAACUCACUUCCCAGGUGAAUCCCAUUACAUUGGACCCAUCUACAGUGUGGUUCCAGACGGUACAACUUGGGUGUCAGCCAUUCCAAAGAUACCUUUCAACGAGAUAGGUCUACAUCAGGCUUGGCUAUCAAUGACAGAAUAUUUCAUCAAGUGGUAUAAGAGCGGAACUCAACCUCCAAUGACUGCUGAACGCGUCUACUUUCAUUAUCGUCCCCAUUCCGUCAAUGCAGUAGCCUCUUCCGACUCGCUAGGACCUCCCGAAAACAAAGCUGCUACUACAGACGCUGUCUAUGUAGCUACAUUUCUGCCAAAACACUCCGCUGCACGACAACUGAGAGUUAAAAUUGGAAACACUUCUCUUCAGACUUUUGAUAAUUUACCUUUGGGUGAUAUUGGAUUAUUUUCCAUACCAUGGACAGGAUCUGGAGGUGUGGUCACUGUAAGUGUUAAAGAUGGUUCAGGAAAUAACAUAUUGAAAGGAAAGGGAGACGUUGAGAUUAGUAACACAAUCAAAACAUACAACUUUAAUUACGCACACACUUUGUUAGCCAAUGAUGAUUGCCCCCACCUUUCAGGAUCUUUAACAUCAUCUCCUUCUACCUCACCAUUGAAGGCUGGAUUACCCUCAAACAGUGCAGCCAAUGUAAUCAGAACGCACAUGUCACUUCCAGUCUCAGCAUUGAAUCAGAAAUAG